AUUUCAAAGCAGUCAUUUAUGGUUUUCAUUUAAUUGUUCUAUAAAAGUUUUAGUUAUUUUUAUGAUUGUUAUUCUUAACAAGGACAUUUAAAUGUAAAAUGAUGCUGUGGAAGGUCGUGCCUGCUUACAUUUUAUUUGUUUAUCAAAUAAAAUUUUCACAUGGUUACUUAGUUGGAGCUGGUUUGAAUGUCCGCUUCGCUCAAAUGCUAUACACGGAUACAAAGUACCAAGUCCUGAGAGAAGAAAUGGUAAAAGCUAAUACCAGGAACCUGGUAUAUCACUGUAGAGCUGACAAAAGCGACUGCGAUGCUGCGUUAGCUAAGAUGAGAUACAAAGCCAGUAAGCACUUCUACGCGCUGUCAAAGGCUGUGGUCGAUUAUGUGAAGAAUAAGCGUCAGGCACGACCUACUGGUUACGUCGGUACAGCGACUUUCUGUCAAGAUAACAUCUGCGUGCCGGAUACCGAUCCUCCGAUUGUCUACGGAGGUUGCUUCACUCUCAUCUCUUGCGGCGGCAAUCAGACCUGGCACCUGGACCCAGUCGUCUACAAGAAAAAAAAGAAUAGAUAUUACUAAUUUAUAAUUCUUAUUAAAUGCACCUUAAAA